AUGCAGGAUUAUCUUCACAAGCGGUUUUCUGCUCUCGUCGAGCCUUUCUUCAACGCCCAUGGAUGGACAAGCAGCGUCGGCGCUGGCCCUGAGCCCCUGGUGGUCAGGUUAACAAGAGGAGUCCAGGACAAGUACAUCCGCCUCGUGAGCAUCAUCGACCUGGAGGAGGUUGGAGGAGGACGACAAGGAGGAGGAGGAGGAGGAGGAGAUCCGCUGCUGCAGCGUCUCUUGUGCUUCCAAGACGACUUGUGGCCCGACGAUCAGCUCUACCUUGAGUUGAAGACGUCAGAGACGUGGAGAGAUCGAUCGAGGGAGGACGUCAUCCAUGGCCGAGCCAGAAAUGUGGUUGCGGCAAUUCCGAGAGCUAUCGAGAAGAGAGAAUCAAGUUUGUCAGCCACGUCUGAUGCAGCGAUCUUGUUUGACGGAGCACAAGCUUCACAGCAACUGAUGCAGAUGAUACGUGCCGUGCUAGACGACAAUCGAGAGAGACUCUUGAAGCGAAACAGCGCGCUGUCAAGUCAGACGGGCUAUCCCUACCAGAGCUCUGGGAGUUUCUACGAGUCAGAGAUGGUCUUCUUGGAGCAUGCUCGCGUGUUCGGCUUAUGCAUGGGGCUGAGUGAGUACGACGGGGAGUUUCAACCGCUUGCUGCGGCUGAGAAGGAUGCGAUGAAAUUACAUCAAACCCUUUGCUCGUUUAAAAAUUGCCAUUCUGCUUUAUGCUCGAAUCCAAGAACCCUUGAAGAUAUGAAGGGGUUCCUGAGGUCAAACCUAACAAGCUUAGAGGAAGCUUGUCCAGAGCAGGUGUUGUUUUUCUUCGCGGGUCAUGCAAUCUUUGAACCCACCUGCAAGGAUCAGCUUCUGGUUCCGACUGCGCUUGAGGCAGUGAGAAGCUUGUCUUCAACGCAGUUGCUCGAAAGCAUGCUUUCGAUCACAGAGCUCUUCAGACAAUUCAGAGACUUUGAAAGGAAUGUUGCGCUUGGUACUCCGAGAGUUCUUGUCAUCGUGGACGCUUGCAGAGAAAAAGUUGAGUGCAAGAAAGAGAACCUCCGAGCGGAAUCUGAUUUUCAAGGAAUGCCGACCUUCUGGACUCUCGUACAGACGUGCAGUAAUGGGCAGGUUGCAUUUGAUGACUCUGCUUUCUUUCAAGCGUUUCUUGACCCUUGCGAGGGGAUGUUCGCUUGUAAUCAAUCUCUCCAACGUGCUUUGCUUCAGUGCUGCUCUUCCACGAACACGAAUAAUCCAAAGUGUGUUUUGACGAAUGUUCAGAACAUACCUGAAGACUUCUGUGUGAUUAGCGACGGCAAAGACCUGAGAGUUGUCAUGAGCAGUGUGAUUGAAACACAAAAAGCAGCAAGGUACGUGACAUCAAAUGCAUCAUGGCGCACAGACGCCUCAGGCGCAGACACUUGCGUGCUUGCUUACAGCGCUCAAGAUUCAGUUUUGAUCAGACAAAGAGCAAGUCAAGCGUUGAAACAUUUUGUGUCGAAGAAGGAGCAAGACAUUCCACGCUGGAGCUUCUGCUCUAUGGUCAUCAUGUUGUUCUUGCAGUAUGACGAUACGAGGUUCUCCAGCAAGACCAUGUUGGGACAUUUGCUGGCAAAAGUGAAGAAUGGCAACGUAGGGCCUGAGCUCUGUGAGGACAUACAAGAGUACUUGAGACAUGGCAGGAUCACUUCGCCGUCCUUUGAGGCUUGGAAGGAGCAGUCGGGUCUGAAUUUCCAGGAUAACAAGUUGUUGAUUGCAAUCUUGGAUUUCACGGUAACAAAGGAGAUACGCAAGGUGAUGCCCGACCCUCAGGAACAAAGAGAUGCUUUGUUGAUAUGGGAGAUCCGAGUAGUCAAAUGCUACAAGUCGUCGACAUCAUGGGAGAAGGGGAUGGACUUGAUCGAAGAACAUCUAAGACAUGUAACUGUCAUCGAUGACGGGGAGGACAACUUGUUCUACUGUCAAGUGCUGGAGAAAGCUGCGGAUGCUGGAAGCUUCGCCAUGAUCUUAAAGAUGACUAAACUGAGUAGCGUGUUCUUGAGUUGCUGCUUGCUAGAAUACAACAUGCAACACAACGUCAGCGAGCUUGAUGGCUUGAGUGCAUGGGUCAGCAGCACUGGCUGGAUCGUUAGGGAGGACGGAUAUAACACGGACUGGACUGUUUCCAAUGCGCUCUGGAGCAAUGAGCUUACGAGAACCUUCCAAACGCUGGAGCGAUGCGAAGUUGGGAUGGGCCCUAGGAGCGACCAGACUUCCUUGCAACAAGAUCCUCACAACCAAGAGCAGAGGGCGAGGACCAACUCCUCAGCUUUCUAUCAGUCUCCAAGUCGACAGAACAACGUAGACCGAUUGGAUGAAAUUACAAUAGACGAAAUGGCAGCAAGAACGCAAACCAAAGCGGAUGGCUCGACAACGCCAAAGGUCAUCUGA